GCGGAAUCAGCUGAGUGGAGUUCGAGUACUGGAAACAGUCCUCGCUACGUAUCGCUGGGACCGAUGCGGCCGCGGCAGUUUUGCAGUCAGGCCGAUUAGAUGCAACGGCUGUGAUGCGUUUCGGGAUGGGGAUGCAUUGCAUCCGCGAAGGCGCGGCUACUGUUGUUGCUGUGGCCUCGGUGCCGGUGCUGCUGCUCCGACACGGGCGACUGCGCUGGUUGGCCGCUCCGCAGCUCAUCGGCAGCUUCAGCCUUGCCAAUAUCGAAUUCAACGGCUCAGCAACAGUCACAAGCCGACAGUCGAGUAGUUUGCAUGCCUUGAAACAGAAUAGAUGGAAGAUACAGUUACAGAUACAAGGCCCGAGACAAGCGAGAAUUUUUGAAAGAAAAUUAUAUCCUGCUCGAGUGAAAACAGUUGUUUUCACUCAACCGUUGGCGGGUCUUGCAUCGGACGGAUAUCUAGUUCUGCUAUUAGAUAUCGCAGCGAACUGUAAGCGGACACAAUCUUAUUCAAAAAAGUAGCCGGGAUACGCGUUCUUUUGGUGUUGUUAGUGCAACUGUCGAUUGUACGAUCGCGAAUAUAAUUGAGUGUGGAGUGCGGAAGUUAAUGGGAUUCUUCCCUGUAUAAGGUCCGGUGGUUUUCCUUUCCGCGAAAGCGUGUAGUUUCCUGAAUCUCAACUCAGUGCAUCGGAAGAAGCUUCUGCGCGAUUAGAGUAAUGAUGGGAAAAAGUUCACCCGUCACUGUUCCCAGAACAGCUUCCUUGCAAGAUUAUCCUUCAGUUCAUUCUGAGAUUGUGGUCUAAGGGUUCGUUUGUGCUUCGCUUAAGGAUGUCUUGUUGAGAUGAGUUUUAGUACGAAUUCAGUAUUGGAACAUUAUAGUAAGUUUGUGUGGAGUGUUUGUGAGUAACUAAGAAGUGGAAGGGUAUCGGGUCUCGUCCUUUUCUACUGAAGGAUCAAAGUGGACAGCAGAUUUACGAAGCGGUGAAAACGCAAGAUCCUGCGGACGAACUAACCCCACAGAUCAGCAGUUGCAACCGUUAAAUUUUUUGGUGGCCUGAAGUCCGCUGGUAUCCACUUAGGCCGAGUUUUCAAUAAAGUUGAACGUCUCCGUUGGGAAGCCCAUGCCCAGCUUCUUCCCUCCAAAUUUUUUUCUGGUAUAAAUUCGAUACUAAAGUGAUAUGUAAUUCGCUUGAUGCUCACGAGUUUCUCGAAGAAAGUGGUGUAUGCGUGCGCAGAUUUUACUCAAAAAGAAGCAAAGCAAAGAAAAGAUCAGUUUUCUCGAGUCCGUAGCAUAUUAUAUAUCUACAUAGAGUGAGUUUCGACGUGUGUUAAAAAUAGAAAAUCUUACGUGUACGUGUGUCGCGAGUGACGUGUGUGCAGCGCGGAUCGGCUCCUACUUUCUCGUCAUUUAUAUACCUACGAUUUUUUUCCUACGUUUGCUCCUCGUCCGGAUCCACUAGUAAACUAUAGUCCGCGUACUCUGCUGCCUUCCAACAACCGAUCGCGAUCUGUGUUCCUACCGGCUAGGCUGUUUCUAGCCCAUCUUUCUCUGGGAGCAUCAGGCGGUCUGCGUGUAAAAUUCGUACGACACACCACUAUCGCUGAACAUUGUGAAAAGGGACGAUCUAAAAAAAAAACAACAAAAAGUCAGCAAGAAGAUCUAGGCGCUCUGUAGUAAGUGCAGCGUCUGGUCCACGCGACCUGACAGAAUACGCCGAUCAUACCAAGCUGCGAGUUGAAACUAUACUUUUAGAAAGACACGUCUCGCUGAAAUCUAAUUAUUUCCAAAAUAAGAAUCUGCGCUUGGCAGCUUAUCAUUGACUAACUCUCAGCGCAUAGUACACAACUCAUCCUGAGGUGGCCUUAGUAAUCUACGCGCACAGCACGUACUCCAGAAUAUACUACGCGAAAGUUAUGCGUGAUUUCUGCUUGGGCAUCACGUAUCCAUCCCAGAAGCAGAUCAAACGCAACAUUCUGGAAGCCACAAGACAGAAGACAAACUUUGAAUCCUCCGAUCGUUCCAUGCACUCAGAGGAGCGGAGAAUUCCACGCGAAGAGUAGAAAAAUUCUGAAAAAAGUUUAGGCUGUCUAGGCUCGAUUUUCUCGCGACUGAUUCAACCAGGCCCAAUUUUUAGAGAAUUGAAUUUAGACAUUUGAUUGAUUCAUUAUUAUUUUCCUUACAAUGCUACUGAAGUCUUAAGAUAAAGGAUAGAGUCAAAAGAACGACAUCUUUCGAAAUAGAACCAGUACCAGAAAAAGGAAAAUCAGUAAGGCGACAUAAGAAACGUAUUUCCUUUACAUAAACUAACGAUUGUGAUCGAGAAAAAAAAAAUCUCAUUCAAGUCGAUCACGGACGCAAAACACCCAGACCAAGAACAAUGAAGAUCAGACGCAAUAGCUACGAAUACUUUUGUAUAGUGCGAGGAUUACAGAGAAUUCAAAGGCACCUACUGAAUCCCGUGUGGCAGGGUUGUAAGCAUCAUUCAGCACGAUCACGAGUCAAGCAGAGUCUCAACUGAACGAUCACUGAUCCACACUAGGGUUUUAUAAGAAUACUCUGGGAAGCAGAAAUUUCUACUACCCUGAUUACAUGACAUUAUCCAGGAUCAAGAAUAUCCUUAAGUGAAAUAACACAAAACGUGUGAAUCGCUUGAAAUUGCAAUUUAAAGUCUGAAGAAAAAAAGAAGCAGAAAUUCCUUCCAAGUGCGUGAACUCCAUUCGAAAUUCGAUCAUCAAAAACAGGCGAUCAUAGGGACGUCAUGUAUGCGCGGGUAUUGCGCAAAUGGAGUUUGGCCAGAUUUCUAAUGAACCUGUGGCUAGUCGUUAUCAUGUUGCUGGUAAUAUGUUGUCAGAAUGCUACGAGCAUGCAUCUAGUAAAGAAUACAAGAUCGUCGCGAUCGUCUCCGUAUUCGUUAACGUCGUUAGUAAAUACAAUGCAGAGAAAUUCGGAUUUAGGUAGUACCAUGACAAUAUAUAGUCCUUACGGUAGAUUGAUAGACCCCUACCAGUAUCAGCUCCGCCAAUCUCAGCAACUUAAUUAUAAUCAGCAGUAUCAGGACUUUUUAGACACACAACUGGAUAGAAGCCAGCAACAGCAACAACUACUUGUGAAUGAUGGUGUCGAUCCGCGGCGAUACUACUCACCGUACACGAUAUACAUUAGAACAAAUGCUGACACAGCACAGGUCGAGAAAAAUGUUCCAAAUAUGAAUAGUCAAAUAAUUAAUUUAAAUAGUAAUAAUAAUCCAAGCAGUUCCACCUAUAGUAGUAAAGACGGUACAAGCUCUCCGCCACACAAAGAGCAGAACCCGCACAGCAACGAUCCUUCGGAUCAAAAGCAAGCGCAGUUAGACCACCACAGUUCAAUGAGUAGUUCAAAUCUAAGAUAUUCAGAUAACAGAAGAGGAAACGUACAACACCCACAUAGAUAUCGGGGGAAGACACGCGAUAAAAUUCAAGGGGAAAGUCUUAAUGUCCCCGCAAGAAGUGCAAAACUACCAGUAUCAUCCCCUUCACAAGCAUUACAGCCAUCCGCAUUCGAUCCCAUUCGAACGGUGCCCGACUGGUUACAAAUUGAAAACGAGCGACGACUACGAAUAGAACGACACCGACAACGACGCCAUCGCCAUUUCGAACAAAUUGCCCGUUCCAACAAGGAUAAUGGUGAUACAGCAAUUGACCAUGGAAGCAAGCAGAACAACAAUAACGGAAGCAGUCCUAUUUCUACUAUAACUACUAAUCUAGGCAACAAUAAUGAUAGAAACAAUAGGAAUAGCAGUAGCGAUAAUGUUAGGGAUAAGAGUUCUGAUCCAAGAUUAAAAACGGAGGGCAGUAACCGCGGUCAAGCGAUCGUCAAUACUCAAAACAAAACGAUCAGCUACCAUCAGCCGCAAUCGCGUUACAGACGCCGAAGAAUAUCUCGAUCGCAUCAUCCUCGACGUCGUCAAAAGCGAUACUGUUCCGCUCGUGAUCCUGUUCAAUUGGCAUACCUGGCGCCAAUUGUACUGGAAGGAAAGGUACACUCGAUGAGUGCUAAUCGCCGAGCUAACUUUUCCGCUUCAUUUCAAGUUACACAGAUUUUCAAAAAUCGACAAAACCAUAAUAUAAGGAAACUCGAUCUCGUACGUUUACAAUUUACUUUCUUGAAUACAACCGGAGAAUGUGACAUCUACCACGAACAAUUCCGGGAACGUGGAUUUAUAAGACGCGAUUUGCAGAAUGCAAGAAAUUAUACGCUUUUCUUAAAAUAUGUUGGCGAAAAACCCAGGAUACUUGGUCAGCCGAUACUGAGCAAUCAACGUGUAUAUGCUUAUGUUAAAAAUGCUUCGCAGGAGAAAUUUGGUAAAGCUGCAAGCAUUAAAUCAUUGACAGCAAAUAGGCAAAAUAAAGUUCGUGAAAAGGAAGAAUUACACAUAAUAUGUAAAGUAAGGGGGAAUCCACCACCGAAAAUCACAUGGUUUAAGGACGACAAGUCUAUUAAGCAAAGUCGUCAACUAUAUCAGUUUAUUAACCUGAAAAGAAGAUCCGAACUCAUAGUUAAGUCAUUCUCGAAUGCUACAGCUGGUCUGUAUGAAUGCCGAGCAAAAAAUAUGGUUAUGGUUAAUCAUAGUAGAAAAGUAGAAAAGAAGACAAUACGAAUUGAAGCUUAUGGAAGACCAGAAAACCAUAACGAUACAGGAGAGGACUGCCCCAGUUCUAUGGAAGCCUUUUGCUUGAAUGGCGGAGUUUGUAGGUUUUUCAGCGAUAUUAAUCAUUACUAUUGCAAAUGCGCCGAAGGAUUCGAUGGCGAAAGAUGCCAUGAGAAGAGACCUACUAAUGUAUCACUGAAUCAAACCGUGACGGGAUACAUGGCUGAUAGUCCAACUGAUACGAUGUCGGAGGAAAGUGACGAAAAUUUAUCUCUAUCGGAGGAGUAAAUGGAGAAUCUUAUUGACCACCAAGAGGAGAUACAAUCAAAAUCAUGACAACCCUUAAGGAUACUUGAAUGAAUGAAAUAAUCUCAGUUUAAAAUAAAGCAAAAAUGACUCAUAAUGAAAUAACACAAUAUUUAACAAGUAGCAUGAGAAAUGACAAUUAUCGAUGUAGUUAUUUAAUACAAUUAUGUUAAGAUUAAAUUAAUUAUCUGAUGUUUAAAUUUGUUUAAACGAAAUGCCAAAGAUGUACAAUUUCUUAAGGUAUUUUUACAUUGUUUCAAACUUUAUUAAAUAUCUUAAUUUAUAUUUGUUUGUCAUAUUUUUAUACGAUGGAAGGCGACAUGAAUAAAAGAAAAGAUUCAGUUCUACAUUUAACUCAUUUCCAAUAAUA